GGUGUAGAUGUUACUUCUUUGACAUGCUGCAAUCCUGGAGCCUGGAUUUAUGGUCAGUUUUCCAUAUCUAUCAAUUACUUGUUUCCUUGCUUUUCCAACUUUCUAUGGACACCAUUUCUGUGAUAUUUCAUCAUAUUUUAAUGUUGUGUGUGCCACCCUCUCCUUUUCCUUUUGAUUUGUAAGAAUUUGCCCCUCUUUAGUAGCCUUUUAGAUCACCUCCAUCAUUCUAUUUCGUCUUUGCCAGCAUAAUUUUAUGGAAUUUGUCACCCUUUUCCCAACUUUUUCUCCUAAGAAAUUUCAUUUUCUUUUUUUAGCUCUCUAUGCUUGCUUCAUAAGAAAUCUAGAAAUGCUAUAAAAUUAAGAAAGCAAGAUACACCUUGGCUCGCUCUUGUAAGAUUUCUUGAUUUCCCCUUUUGCUUGCCUUAUUUAAGAUGAUGAAAAAGUUGCUGGGAAUGUAUGAUAAAAGAAGCAUAAAGUUGAUAGAGAAAUCCCCAAAGAAACCUCAAAUCAAUUAAUGCUUUUAUUUCAUUAUUUACUUUUCCUAAGAACAAUGCGAUUGCUUCAUAUUAUCUACCAUUCCUAACUACCAGUGCAGAAACCCUAGAAAUGAACAUUUGAACUGCAGAUAAACUUAAUCAUUCAUAACCCAUAUGGCACCAAAACUUUAAUUAUGCAUGCCAAUGGCUGAUAAUAACAACCAUUACCAAAAUAUUCUUGUUUUCUUGAGCAUUAACCUGAUUAUGGUUAUUGUGUGACGUGAUCAGUUAUUGAAAUGUCAAUGCUUAGCUUAAUCUGAUGAAAUACAGGAUUAAGUUUAAACUUAAUUUGGGAUUACAUGAGUGCCGAUGCUGGGAAGAUUGAUACUUGUGUUCUGAAAAGUUAAAACUUGAAAAAGCUAAAAAGAAUCUGCCAUUACUAACCUAUUUUUGUAACCUUUUAUUGUGGUCCCACAUUCUUUUUGUUUUUGUUUUUGUUUUUGGUUUUGGUUUUUUUGUUAAUUGUAUUAUGAUUUGUGAAGUUUUUUUUUUUUUUUUUUUUUUUUGGAACUAAUACAAUUGAGGGAUGAGGAUUGGGAUCGUCGAGUCUUGAACCUUAGAUUUCUAGAUGAUACCACACUUCUCAAAGAAGAUGUGGUCAUUGAGCCGCAAUGGUGGUUGGCAAUUUGUGAAGGUUGGUGGAUGAUAGCCAUGGCUUUGUGGUAGAAGGGAAUUCCUCUUUAAUCAUCUGUUUUCUGAUUAGGUGUUGAGCAAGGUAGAGAAAGGAAAUCCUUUGAAAUUCUGAUAAAAGGCUGGGGAUGGACAACUUUUAUUCCUUUUUAGGUGCAUUUGUUGUGGUGCUUGAAGUUGCUGUAAAAG